GCUGCUCUGCUGCUGCUGCUGCUGCUGUCGUUCCUGUCGCUGUCGUCGUUCCUGGACUCGACAACGCUUCUUCCCUUGAAGACAAGGGCAGCGCUCGAGAAGGCAGUGCCGGCCAGCAGGGGCGGGUCACCAACAGCAGCGGGGUUGCAGAAACCCGGUGCAGGUGACGGUGCUCUUGUCGAUUGGUUGUGGCGCUUUGAAUAGCCCCACGCCACAUUCUCGAAGUUACCUCUUGAUACUUCAUCAGCAUCAUGUCGGUGGCUGUGCGCGGCCGUCGUCGCCGUGAGCCCAGCAACAGUGUGGCGCGCGUCUACACUGACGUCAACACACACAAGCCAAAGGAAUACUGGGACUACGAGUCGCUCGUCGUUGAGUGGGGCAAGCAAGACAACUACCAGAUUACUUGCAAACUCGGUCGUGGCAAGUACAGCGAGGUCUUUGCCGGCAUUGACAUUCGCACCAAUACCCGUGUGGUCAUCAAGAUUCUCAAGCCUGUCAAGAAGAAAAAAAUUAAACGUGAGAUCAAGGUUUUGCAAAACCUCAAUGGCGGCAUCAACAUUGUCCAGCUUCUCGAUGUUGUUCGGGAUCCUCAGUCCAAAACGCCCGCUUUGGUGUUUGAGUAUGUCAACAACACUGAUUUUAAGGUGUUGUACCCACGCUUGACGCUGGAUGAGAUUGAAUACUACCUCUACGAGCUGCUCAAGGCCCUGGACUAUUGCCACUCGCGCGGCAUUGUGCACCGUGAUGUGAAGCCCCACAACGUCAUGAUCGACCACGAGAAGCGCGAGCUCCGCCUCAUUGAUUGGGGCCUGGCCGAGUUUUACCACCCCAACCGCGAGUACAACGUUCGCGUCGCCUCACGCUACUUCAAGGGUCCUGAACUUUUGGUGGACCACGAGGAGUAUGACUACUCCCUCGACCUCUGGUCGUUCGGUUGCAUGCUGGCCAGCAUCAUUUUCAAGAAGGAGCCCUUUUUCCAUGGCCACGACAACUAUGACCAGCUGGUGAAGAUUGCCAAGGUGCUGGGUACGGAUGACUUGCACAAGUACUUGACCAAGUAUUCAAUCAACCUUGACCCCCACUACGAGAGCCUCUUGGCCAGUGUCCGACAGCAGCCCAAGAACUGGAACCGCUUCAUCAACUCUGAAAACCAUCAUCUGGCCACACCCGAGGCCGUCGAUUUGUUGGACAAAUUGUUGCGUUACGACCACCAGGAGCGCCUCACGGCUCGUGAAGCCAUGGCACACCCCUUCUUUGCCAAGGUUCAUGCCGCCGCCCAGGCCGGCACUGCAUCCUUGUAAAGGACCAUGAACAACUGGGCUCCAUUUGCAUGUCUUGCCGGAAACGACCAGCAAAGACUGGCUUUAAUGCAUGGUACACAGCUGUAUCGCUCUCAUGUGAUUCAAUGAGCAAUCAAUUUGUGCCGUGUCCCAAGCAUGCCCAGCUGCACGCCAAAAAAAAGCCAAGUUUCAGCUCUGCUUUCGUCCCUUCUUGUUUCCACCAUCUACACAGCCAUGGUGACUUGCCUCUUUCUUUGCUGUGUUUUUGUGGCAGGCAAUUGUUUGCUCGUGUGUGCACUUGUAGGAUGUGUGUUUAUCAACUUGAUCUGUUGGUUUCCAAUGGGGCGACUACGACCUUUGUUUUGUGUGCCCGUGUUUAUCGCGUACCUUGCCAAUUCAUCGGAGACCAUG